AUGAUGGUUUGGAAACUCAGCGACCUGUGCUUGCAGUGCGUGGAGCAAAAUUUGGCUCGUUAUCCAAAUCUAGGUUUAAGUCUCCCUACGAUGCACAAGGAGAUGCUUAUUGAACGUCUUACCUACCAUGACCACUUUUAUCCAUCACUGUUGAGUCACAUCAGCAAUAAUCUUUUUACACCAGCACUCAGACACAUCAAUUUACAAGGGUGUGAUCAGAUCAGUGAUGUUGUUUUACAACUGCUAGGGCAGUCAGACUGCAAGCUUGAAGUCCUCUUGUUAAGCAGAUUAAAACAUGUAACAGAUAUUGGGGUUCAAGCAGUUCUGAAGGAUCAGAAUGCUUUACUUGUUCUCCAUCUCGAAUAUUUGCCCCUGAUUACACAGAAAAUUUUAGGCAGCAUUGCAUCCCCAAAGUUAUGGUCUUUUAAACUUAUACAUACACUAAAUACAAGCAAAAAUUGGUGUUCUGCCACAUCGUUGUCAAGUUUUCUUUCACAAAAUCCAUCAAUUAAAGUUUUGAAGAUUGAUACAGACAUUGAGCACAUUCCAGUGAUAGCCAAAGGUCUUAGAACAUCUUUAGAAGAAUUAAAAACGUGUUUUCAAAUGGCAACUGAUGAGAGUAUAGAAGCCCUAGCACAGUUCUGCCCCAGUUUAAGAAAAUUGGAUCUCAAUGGAGCAAAAUCAGUGGGAAAGGAAUCUUUAAUAAAGCUUUUUCAGGCCUGCACACAGAUGGCCGACUUAGACUUGGGGUACUGCAGCAGGAUUGCAGUAGCCUCCGAGUGUGAAGUUUUAUGGACCUUGCCACAGUCUUUGACUUCCCUGUCUUUGUGUGGGUUGAUGCUGCAAGAUGGAGAGAUACUGGUGGAAUCAGUGACUCGCUUACCUCACCUGACCAGCAUCAAGCUGUGUGGAGUUCCGGCUCUCAGUGACGAUACAUUGACCAGAAUUGUAGAAAAGAUAGGCCACAGGCUGGCAGAUCUGAAUUUGAGUGGGAUUGGAUCUCAUGAGAUCACAGAUGCUGGACUCAAGUCUGUAGCCAAAUACUGCACCAUGCUGAAGUCGCUCCACAUCAGUCUGCUGCGCCAGGUGACAGGUGUAACUCUCCUGCCAUUGUUCGUUGAUCGUGACAGAGCUUCAAGAAUACAGAAACUCUCGGCCAACUGCAAGCUGAUGGAUGCCAGCACUCUGGAUCAAAUCAUGUCCAGUUGUCCGGAUCUGAGGAAGCUGGAUCUGUCUGGUCUGAGUGUGGUCAAUGAUACAAUGAUUAUCAACCUGGCUGACCAUUCACCAAAGCUGACCCAGCUGAACCUGAAAGGUUGUAAGCAGGUCACAGAUACAGCAGUCUGCCACUUGAGUGGUUGCUGUCCCUUGACCAGCCUGUGCCUCUCAGGUCUGCAUUCCAUCACUGACAAAAGUAUGUUCAGCCUAGCCAGCAGCUGUCCUCAUCUGAAAGAGAUUUAUCUCAAUGGUUGUGCCAACGUCUCACCUGUUGCAGUGCAAUACUUGAAGGAUUGUUGUCUUCACAGACUGUUUGCAAAACACAACAUUCCGAAUGCAAGCCCCAAUCAGCUUAUGGCAAAAAACUUAGAUACUGGAGAGUUUUGUCGAGCUGAUCUGCUUUAG